AUGAGUAUGAAUUUCUUCCAAAAACUUAAUUUAUUUAGUAGUUUUUUACUUAGAUACAAAACUGCUUCAGUCAAAAUGAAGAUAGAUAAGAUGGCUCCAGUAAUAUCAAGCUUUGAAGAUUAUGCUUCCACUAAAGCUGCAGAAUUCUUGGGCAAAGGUCAGGUCAUAGCAGUGCCAACCGACACAAUAUAUGGGCUGGCAUGUAGUGCCAACUGUCCAGAUGCUAUAAAAAAGUUAUAUGCAAUAAAAGGUAGAGAUUCAGCCAAACCAGUGGCUAUUUGUGUGUCAUACAUUAAAGAUGUAAGAAAAUGGGGUGAAGCUGACCAUUUGUCAGAUGACUUACUUCACAGCCUGCUACCUGGACCAGUAACAGUUGUUUUAGAAAAAACAAAAUAUCUUGACAAUCCAUUCCUAAAUCCUACUGCUACUAAAAUAGGAAUUAGAAUACCUGACCAUGAUUUUGUGAACAGAGUCACAAAGAUUUUUGAUAAACCUGUUGCAUUGACAAGUGCGAACUUCAGUAAUGAACCAUCCACAUUGUCUAUCAAAGAGUUUGAACACCUCUUUGGUCAUUUAGGAGCGGUUUUUGAUGGUGGGGUGUUGAGUCAAGGACUUGAACAGAAUAGAACUGGAUCUACAGUGGUAGACUUGUCGCAGCAAGGCACCUACAAUGUCAUACGAAGAGGUAUCUCCUAUGACAGGGUGGUGAAGAUUGUUGAAAGUUUUGGUUUAAAAAGUAUUGUUUAAGUUAUUUAUGGACCCUGUGAUAGAUUUAUGUUUGAAAUAAAUGUUAUAUUACA